AUGAUGGGAUUCGAUGGGGACCCGGUGGUGUGGUCAGCACAGGCCGUUCGUAGCCCAGAUCCGGAGGGACGAAAUGUCGAGGUUCAUACUGCGGGUAUGGCUGAUGAUAUGCUAGAGGUAUUUGUUGGCCUGGAUGGUGUGAGCGAGACACAGAAUCGAUAUGAGGCCUGUCGGGUGGUGUGGUGUGCCCACAUUGCUGCGACGGGGUCCUCGACAUCUAGUGACGGAAUCGCGCUGGCGCCAGAUGGCGGGCCGUGGCGCAGCUCUUAUAGAAAUGCCGUAUCCGGACCCCUGGUUUAUUUUUUUCAGCUGGGGGGCGUACUUACGCUGUGA